AUGGUCCCCAGUCCGAGUAAAGUGCAGACCAUGUCUCUACCUGGCCUUGGCGCUAUUGUAGUUGAGCCGUCUCACUCGGGUAUCAUGAUAAGCGGUGCGGCAAGCAUGAUCAUUCCUGGACAGCAGACCACCAUCAACGACGUUACAAUCUCAUUCGAUACUUCCGCUUCGUUCGUCGUCAUAGAUGGGACCGCGACGUUUGGACUUACUCCAUCGACGCCGUCGACUCGACCAGCACCUGUGGUGAUCGGUGGGACGACCGUCAACAUUGUUGAGGUCGCUACGCGACUCCAGCCAGGCGAGGUGACCACUAUAAACAACAUACCGAUCUCCAGAGACAUUUCAGGCUCUUUUGUAGUCGUUGGCGGCACCCAGACGAUUUCGCUACAGGAAACGACCCAAUUACCAGGUCCAUCUACAGUGAUCAUAGACGGGACGAUCAUCGAUGUCAGCGAGCUUGCCUCGAAACUGGAGCCAGGCGAGGUGACCAUUAUCGGCACCAUGACCAUCUCACGCGACUCUUCCGCUUUGGUUGCUGGUACAACAACGAUAGCGAUAGGUGCAGCAGCAAGCAGUGUGGUCCUUGGGGGCACAACGAUCUUUCCGGGUGCUCUUCCUUCUGGGUUCUCCUUCAUUCCGGCGACUGAUGGCGGAGGCUUGCUACUGUCGAAUGGUCAAACCUUGAUGCCUGGUGCCAUGACAACGGUUGAUGGUAUCGAGGUUUCACUUACUCCCGGAGAAACACCUGUCGUCGUGGUUGAGGGAUCGAUGUCCAUCACCGCAUCUGUUACCGCGGAUGGCAACGAUGGCAACUUUAUCAACAGCGGUAGCGGCGGAUUCGGGCAGCCGACAAGCACCACCACAGGUGCACUAGCGGAUUUCACCGGUGGUGCGAUUGCGAGCGUUCAUGGUGUAUGGGAUGCGCUGUGCACACUGGCUAUGACAAGCUUGUUUUUCGGUAUCGUGCAACGUUUGUUCUGA